GUUUUUUUGUUUUUCAAUCUGCUUUGUGGGGCUCACACACAGCCAGUCUCCAGGCACACCCCACACCAACACUGACUCCAAAACUCAUUUCUCUGAAGGGGAGACAGAAGGCUACACAUUUUGGUAAAGCCACAGUGCCCGGAUUGGCCAGACCUCAAUUUUCUUUCCUUAGGGAAAUGGCAGGGAAAGAACUUCCAAGCAGCAUGAUCUUGGAGACUGCUAUGGAGAUCCCGGCUCUGGGGAGACCCUUACAUCUGGGGACACUGUAUGACUGCCGCUCAGAUACCUUCAUCCCUGGCAUCACUUUAUGGGACAGGGAGACCCUUGAGAGAAAUGUGACCACAGAAGAGCAAUGCAAAACUGACUUUGACAUCAUCACCUCUGACUCUAUUGAUGAGAAGACCAAGGCCACGAAUAUCUCUGCAGAGCUGAAAGCAAGUGUCCUGGCAGGGCUGGUUAAAAUAGGAGGUUCUGCCAAAUAUUUAUGUGACACCAAGACAUCCCAACAGCAAGCUCGGGUCACUCUCAAGUGCAGUAUGACUACCCAGUAUUCCCACCUCACCAUGAACCACCUGGGAUAUCAGAAUAUUUCCUACCAUGAUGUGUUUGAUAAUGGGACAGCCACCCACGUGGUCAUAGCUGUGCUCUAUGGGGCCCAGGCUUUCUUUGUGUUUGAUCAGAAAGUUUCCACCAAUGAAAAUGUCAAGGAUAUAGAAGGAAAGUUGAAGGCUGCAGUAGAGAAGAUUCCAGAGGUAUCAGGAAAAGUAGAGGGAAAGAAGAAAAAGGAGCAUAAUAAGAAAAAUUCAACCAAGGAAUUCAGGUGUAAGUUUUAUGGGGAUUUUGUUCUUCAGACCAAUCCAGUGACUUACGAAGAUGCAGUAGAAGUCUACGCCUCCCUUCCUAAGCUGCUUAGGGGCCAUGGAGUGUCUGUCCAAGUCUGGUUGUACCCUCUGGAGAAGCUGAAUUCCAAGGCUGCCAGGCUGGUUCGAGAAAUCAGCAUUAGCUUGGUAUGGGAUGCCCAGGACACUCUGGAGAAGUUAUCUGAGUAUGACAAGAGGUGCAAUGACAUGCUGGAGGCACCAGGGCUCUCAGUCUUUUCUGCAAUCAGGGAGAAGAUUAGGCAAUUCCAAGAGCUAAAUAAGCAGCACAAACAGCUUUUACAGAAGGAAAUAGCCAAGGUCUUACCUGAGAUCCGGGAAGGUAGAGCAGGGGAUGAUGAGCUAACCAGGAUUUUAAUUAGGGAAAGUCAGUCCCCAUUCAGCACUAGCAGGCUCUCACAGUUCCUGGAUCAGAAGCUCCAGGAGAUGAAGGUGGUAAAUUCCUACCUCACCCUUCUGAAGGAGGUGCCAGUCAUGGCUGACCAGAAUGAGGUGGACGAUGUGGUAAUAGGCUCUUCCCACAGAUUUGUCCUGGUGUUUGCACUCACCUCUUUGCACAAGGAACCCUACUUAGCAGACUGGAAACAGUGGCUACGGAAUCCAGCACCAUUCAGCCCUGACUGUGAGCAACAGACAUAUUCCUCAUGGGUUGAGGGCAGAGACACAAGGAGAAAAGCAAGACAAUUAGCAGAAUCCUUUUCAAACUUUGCCAAGGCCAAUCAUUCCACUGAGAAGACUCACUUCAUUGUGGCAUCUGUCCCAGACCAGGAGAACAAGGGAGUCUCCAUUUACCUCUAUGAAAAGGGACUGCAGGUCAGCACCAACUUUGAGCUACCAGUCAAACCUCCCCCUCCCCAGAUUGGUGAGGUCACACAUGACUGUGUAGAGCUCACACUGACCUCAGCAUCUGGGAAGGAGGAGAGGAUCACUGGCUAUCAGGUUGAGUACCAGGUUGUAGGGAAAGAGGAUUGGACCACCAUCCCUGUGUCUGGAAAUUCAGAGGUAUUCAAAGUGAGUGGCCUAGAGCCUAGCACAGAGUAUCUGUUCCGGUUUGCUAAGGUGUGUGAGCCAGGGCUCAGUGAGAGCAGUGAUGUGAGCCUUGCUGUGAGGACACUUACCCUAAUCUGGCCUCCUGGGAAGCCAGAAGCUGUUGUGGUGGGCCCACAGUCUGUGACCCUGUGCUGGCAGGGUCCAAGGGUUGCUGGAGCAGGAGUCAAGAUCAAGGACUACAGAAUAGAGUAUAGAGAGGAGAGUGAGGCUGUGGGUGAGGAGGGGGAAGGAGAAUGGCAUGAACAGAGAACAGGAAAUGAGGAGACAUACUGUGACAUCGACGGACUGACCCCUCAGACUGUGUACAGGUUCCGAGUUUCUGCCGUGUGUGAUGGUGGCCGGACCAGUGAGAACAGUGACAAGAGUGACCCCGUGAGGACCCUCCCUACCACAGAGGAAGCUGCAAUCUCUGACCCAGACAACAGUGGAGGAGACUCAAGGGAGCCAGAACUCAGAAUUGUCCUUGUGGGAAAAACAGGGGCUGGGAAAAGUGCAACAGGAAACACCAUCCUGGGCAGGAGAGAGUUUGAGUCCAAGUGUUCAGGAGGGUCACUCACCAAAGUCUGCAGGAAAGCCAGAACCAGAUGGAAUGGGAGGGACAUUGCUGUUGUUGAUACUCCAGGCAUUUUUGACACCAAUACUCCAGAGAAAGAAAACUUGAAGGAAAUAGCUCACUUCAUGACACUCUCCUCUCCAGGACCACAUGUUCUACUCCUGGUGCUGCAAGUGGGCCCAUUCACCCAGGCGGAGAAGGCAGCCAUUGAAGGGCUUUAUAAAAUUCUAGGAGCUAAAGCAGUGAAUUUUUUGAUCAUUGUAUUCACUCGAAAAGAUGACCUGAGAGAACAAAGCCUAGGGGAGUACUUAAGAACUAUUGAUGACUCAUAUUUCAAGGAGUUGUUGGAGAAGUGUAAAAACCGAUGCUGUGCAUUUGACAAUAAUGCUAGUGGAGGCCAGAGGCAUGCCCAGGUUUCAAAGCUGAUGGCCAUAGUUCAGAAAGUGAUGCAAGAUAAUGGGGGCACCCACUACACCAACAGUAAGUAUAAAUCUGUGGAAGAUCUUCUCCAGAAAAACACAGAGGCUUAUCAGCAAUACUACAAGAAGCAGUUUGAGAAAGGGAGACAAGACAUCAUACUGAAGUAUGAGGAGCAAAUGGAAAGACUGAAGAAGAAAAUGGAAAAGUUGGAAGAGGGAAAUGAGCAAUAUGAGAAGCAAAAGGAAGAAUUUGAGAAAAAAAAGAUCUUGAAGGAUGAGAAGAAUGAAAAGUUAGAAAAAUUAAAGCUGACUUACAAGAAAAAUUAUAAACAUGCCCGAGGUGCAGCUGAGAAUGAUCAGAGUAUACUAUCUCGUAUUAAACAUCUUUUGCUUGUGUCCUGACUCUCCUGCCUCUGGCCUGCUAUGUGUGGUUCCCACCAGCCACAGGUUAAAGGCUGGUUUUGGUCUGGUUACCAUUAAUUGGUGUCAGAAGUGGGAUUGGACAUGGAACUGGGUCAUUGGACUCUCCAGUACCAGUGGAAGUGGACUAGGUGACACCAGAGAUUUCUCCAGAGUCCAACCUCUCCCCUAGUUAGUGAGUCCUCUUCCCUUUGUUCCUGCUCCAAUCUCCUGAACUCAUCCUUGACUGAGCUCACCUUUCUUUUUUAAAAAAUUUUUAAAUUAAUGUAUUUAUUUUUAAUUUUCAACAUUCACUUCCAUAA